UGACUUUGUAAGGUUAUAUGUGUUUGUUUUGCAAACAUUUUCAAUAAAUAAUAACUAAAAAUGUCUGAUUCUGAAGAUGAUAACGACAAUUUUUGCUUUUACGGACAAGCCCUCGACCCAUACGAUGAAGAUUCCAUUCCUAAAAGACGCCCCAUUUCCGUCGAAGAACAAAUUGCUACAGAUGCUCAGGGUCGUCGCAGAUUCCACGGAGCCUUCACCGGAGGUUUUUCGGCUGGAUUUUUCAACACAGUGGGCUCCCUGGAAGGUUGGACGCCCAGCGAGUUCAAAAGUUCCCGAAGCGAAAAAUCCAAAGGCUUCACUCAAAAACCUUUGGAUUUUAUGGACGAUGAAGAUGUAGGAGAGGAUGGUAUAGCGCCUCAAGUAGUCAAAGCCACCAGCGAUUAUAACACAAGCAAAAAAAGGAAGAAGCAAAUGUUUUCUGAAGGGCCUAUUCCUGGCGAACCAGUGCUGCAUAAUAUAUUGACUAGUGGCAACGAAACUGUUGGUUAUAUGCUUUUGAAGAAUUUAAGGCUUCAAGAUAAAACUAAAAAAAAGCAGGAUAGUUUUGAUGAACCAGAAGAAAAAACUUAUGGUUGUCAAAUGCCCAAAAUCGAAAACAGUAUCGGUAAAGAAGAAAUUCAAUACGAAAUUCCUCAAAUGUAUAAAGAUUUCCUUGCAACACCUAAAACAAAUACAUUCGGUUUGGGAUAUUCCGGUUUAGAAAAAAGCCACUUUAGUCUUUUUCCUGUUAAAAACGCAGCUAAACUGGUAACUACAGAUAAAAACAAAAAAGUAUCGAUAACAGGGCAGGCGUUUGGGGUUGGGGCCUUCGAAGAAGAAGAUGACGAUAUCUACAUGAAAGACGACAUGACCAAAUACGAUUUUGAAUUGACUGCGGAAAAUAAAAAAGCAAAAGCUAAACAAGACUCUAAUAAGCUCAUAUUAGGAAUGUUUGAAAAAUCUAAAAAAAGUCCAGUAUUGAAGAGUGACUUAUUAUUUCCACCUCCUACAAUACCUCAUAGUUUUACUGGAAAACAUAAAAUUAAAAAAUCUAGAUUCGAGCCAGUGGUGGAGGAAGAACCUAAAGCAACUACUAGCAAAAUAAAUCCAAUGACUAGAGCUAAAUAUUUAGGCGAAGAUGUGCAAGAGGAACAAACUUUAUCAGAACCAAUUAUUCAAAAAGCACCCACACCUAAACAAGAAAAAAAUGAAGCUAUAAUUAAUUCAUAUUUGAAUGAUAAAUUUGUAUCUUCAACAAAAGACGAAAACGUAGCUAAUAUUUUAGAGACAGUAGAGAAAAUGGAAACAAUUCAUGGAACAGAACAAAUGCGAGAAGCUGCAAGGAUGAAAAUGUUUGGAGGUUUAACUAGGAUUACAACAGAUUGGCAGCCUUGUGCUUUAUUGUGCAAAAGGUUCAACGUUCCUGAACCAUUUGCUGAUCGGCCUGAGAAGUCACGAACCAAAACCAAAAACAUUAUUUUCGAGUAUCAGAAGCACAAGGAAGAAGAGGCGAAUUUGCAACCUGGCCUUAAAAAAGAAGCAAUUAUUGAAGAACCAGAAGCAAAGCAAGAAGAACCUUCACUUGUUACUGAAGAGAUUAAACCAGAACCUGAACCUGAAGUUUUCAAGCCAAUUGAUAUAACUGAACGGAUUCAUUUAGAAGAAAAACAAGACUUAUUUAAAGCAGUUUUCCUGAGUAGCGAUAGCGAAUCAGAAGAAGAAGCUCCCAAGGAAGAAGAUAAAUCAAAAAGUGAAGAAAUCCGUAAAGAAGAACUGAAAUCAGUAGUACUAUCUGAACAGUUACUGUUGCCGAAAAUUAAACCGUUAAAAGAAGGAGUUUUGUCGGGCAUUCACAAGUUUGUCAAGCCGGCAAGAAAGUUGCAACAAGAAGUUGUCGAGAAGGUAAAAAUUGACUCGUAUGGGCCCAAAAUACCUGAAAACCCCAUUAAAAUAGAAGAAAUUGUUCAAGUGAUUUCCACUGAGAGCGAAGACGAAUGGAUUGAAAAAGAUAGUGAUGAGAAGAAGAAGAAAAAGAAACAUAAAAAGGAAAAGAAGCAGAAGAAAGAUAAACAUAAAAAGAAUAAGCAGGAAAAGAAGAAGAAAUAUUGAGAUUGUAUUAAUUUAUAAUAAAUAAGAUUUUAAUUUAAUUAUAAUGUUAUUAUGUACUUACCAAUUACUUGAAGAUUGAAGGUUGUGUUGAUGGCCAUUGUAUUGUAAUUUAAUAAUGUUUUUUGAACUGGCUUAAACACUAAAUUGUUAAAAGUACAAAAAUAUUGAGGAAAAUUAAGAAGCUAUGAAAAGAAAAGUAGUGGGCGCCAUUUUCCAUUUUCAUUUUCCUAACCUCAAAUCGUUGCGAGUUGUCACUUGUCAGUACAUCCAAAUUAGUUCUAUCUCUUUUCAUAUAAGGCAAUUAAAAAAAGAAGAAACGAGUUCUUUGAUCAACGCCCUCUAGGGACGCUGAAUGUAAACAAGAACAAGAAGGCUAUGGAUUUGAAUUUUGUUUUUUGUUUGUUGUCAGACGAUUCUGUUAUAAACAUUAUAAAUUUUCCUGUUUAAUUAAAAAAAGUAAUAAUUAUUAUUGUUGAAAGCCAAACUCUCCUUCCAUAAAGCAGGAUUUACCAGCAAAAAUAUUGAAGUUCAAACAGAAAAAGACUCAAUAGUUAUCCAAGCACAGAGGUAAGUUAGUUUGAUAGCAUAAUUUGAUGGGCAUAAUAGUUAUUUACCUAACAAAUGUUGUAAAGCAACUUUACCGCACACUUUGCAGUCUACUUUAUCAAAUAGGGCCGGUUUCUCGUUUACCCUGGAGUCUGGAGUUAUGCUUAACCCGGG